CUCUGCUAAAGCGUGCAACUCUCUCUCUCUCUCUCUCUCACACACACACACACACACACACACAUACAUGGUAACCUUUCAGUUGUACCAUAUUCUCUAAUAUAUAAAUUUUGUUUCGCCAUGAUUGUUCUGAGCUGUAAAAGACUACUCUAUCAAUUAGGAAACCCUGUCCCAAUGUCAAGCUCACCAGAUUCCAAAGAAGGAUCGUUGAAGUUUGUUAAUGGCUCGGGCUAAAAAAGGAACUAGAGAGAUGCCACUUCCUCAUUUCAGAGACAGCUGGUGUUCUGUCCUCAACCAACAGUGCAGAUAAACAACCUCGAUCUGAUAGUAUUAUAUGCACGGUCUCCCUCCUUGGUCUUCCCUGCUGAAUCCCUCCAGUAGUGGGUUGCAGUCUUCAUUUGUCUCUGUUGGAGAUGUGCAGAUUGUUGUCAAUUAGAGAUGUUGAUGAGUAGAGUUUGAUGAGGCAGAGUUUGAGUAAAACAUUCUGGGGCAAGGCCCGUAAAUUGAGUGGCCACCAUGUCAAAUGUUACAUACUGAAGCACAGAAAAAUCUUGUUAUUUAGGAAAAUUUUCACUUUGCACCCUUUUUUUUUUGAGAAAAUGGUGGAGCCUAAAGUGAAAGGAGUUGAUUAGAAAAAAUUUAGGUGCUUGCAUUAUUCCUUGAGGCUAUCCUUUUGUCUUGGUGUCAUGGAUCAUGUGCAGCGUACUUACCUCACCUUGAUUUCAGGAAAAAUACUCUUUUUUCGACUUUGUACAAGCUAAUUGACCUUCUUUUUGUGUGUUUUUUGGUUACCUAAGAGAUACUUGUCUAUUGAGUCUGGCAGGUACAUAGAAUUUUAUGAUGCUAUGUCAGUCCCAAUGGCAAUAGCACUUUCUGGUCAGCCACUUCUUGGUCAACCAGUGAUGGUUAAACCUUCAGAAGCUGAAAAAAAUCUAGUUCAGUCAAAUGCAGCUGCAGCUGCAGCUGCUGCAGCUGGAGGAGUAGGUGGUGUUAUUGGACCAUAUUCAGGAGGCGCUAGAAGGUUGUAUGUUGGCAAUCUGCAUUUCAACAUCACUGAAGAUCAACUUCGCCAGGUUUUUGAGCCAUUUGGUCCUGUGGAGCUUGUGCAAUUGCCUCUUGAUCCUGAGACUGGACAUUGCAAAGGUUAUGGGUUUGUCCAGUUUGCACGUCUUGAAGAUGCCAGAGCUGCACAAAGUCUAAAUGGACAAUUAGAUAUUGCUGGUCGGAUAAUCAAGGUAUCUGCUGUUACUGAUCAAGCUGGAAUGCAAGAUGUUGGAGCAAAUGCUGCUGAUUUUGAUGAUGAUGAUGGCGGAGGCUUGUCUCUGAAUGCUCGUUCUAGGGCUAUUCUCAUGCAGAAAUUGGACCGGAGUGGCACUGCAUCAAGUAUUACUGGUUCGCUUGUCACAUCUGUUGUCAAUGGCCCUGGUCUCAGUCUACCAACAGCUUCAGUUCUUGGUGCUGCACCUAUGGUUGCCCCCCUUGUUUCCUCACUUGGACAGCCUACCAUUCCUGCUCUUGCUGGAUUGCAGGGGACAGGUCUUUCAGUUCCAGCUGUGACCGUGCCUCCUGUUGAUAUUAUUGGUGUACCCGGUGACUGUCUAUUGCUGAAGAACAUGUUUGAUCCAAAUUUGGAGACUGAACCAGAUUUUGAUUUGGAUAUAAAGGAAGAUGUUCAAGAUGAAUGUGGAAAGUUUGGCACAGUUAAGCAUAUCUAUGUGGACAAGGCAACUGCUGGAUUUGUAUACCUACGUUUUGAGAAUGUUCAAUCUGCCAUAAUUGCACAGCGUACACUCAAUGGAAGGUGGUUCGCGGGUAAGACGAUAUCAGCGACGUUCAUGUCAACUCAGAACUACGAGGCCAAAUUUCCGGACAGCAGAUAGCUUUAUUUAGUUGAACAGUUUGACUUAUCUGUUAAUAUUCCUUUCUUGAUUUUUAUUACUGAACUUAGGGGUAGUCUGGAAUCUGGAUGUAUCCUUGUGUAACGAAAGGGUUACAAUUGUUGGGUUCCCAUUUAGGGGGAGGGGAGGGGGCGUUGGUUAGCCCAUUUUUAUGUAGUUACCAUUUUUUAUUUUUAUUUUUUUCAUGGAAAGGGUUACCUACUUUUUAGAUCAAGAGGAGAGCUGCUAGUGCUUUUGGAUCACAGCAAACAUUUAAAUGAUUAAUGUGGUUUAUUGUGUA